GUGUACUAGUGUACUUUCCAUACGAUCUUAAUUUCAUCAAGUUUUUUGUGAUUGAAAUAUAUAAUUUGUACCAAUGUAAUGUUCUGCUGAUAUCCUCCUCUCCAAAUUUGACAAUCUAUAAAUCGAGCCUCAUAAUUGGAAAUGAUCAGCAUAAAUCUCGCGAAGAGCCAACUCCUACUCGAUUCUUUCCGGAAAAACCUGGAUUCUAAUGAGCGCAAUUUCCAUUCUAUGACCAUUCCCAACAGCAAAGUUCUGGGUUGCGCGCCAGCGCUGAGGAAGCCGUCACGUGACGGGGCUUUCAAACCCCUAUCUCAACUUUCGCGCCACCCUCAGUUGCUCUCGGUGCGCGACCGAAUUUCUCACCUACCAGCCGUGCUUUUCCACCCGCUCCGGAAAGAGCGCUUUCACCCUAUGUUGGGAAAGUUUUCCGUUCGAAUUUGCCAGAUUUUCCGCCAGAAAUGCCCUAAGCAGACUUUACGAAACGAAAUUUAAACGAGUGAUGUCAAAUUUUAUUGCGAUGUACGAGCAUUAAAAAUUAUGACUUCUCAAUGAUUGUGAUGAAAAAUCCGAUUCUAUAAUAAUGAUAUUCGAAAUUCUAUGUCUCCUAUCAAUCCCACCUAUCAUUUCGCCCCAGGACAUAGACUUUCAGCCCACCUUGAACAUCCGUCAUAGAAAAUCGAGGAACAGGUAUUUAAGGAAUCAACCGCACACAGAUUUCUACCUCAACAACUCCUCCUUGACGAGCUUUCUAUCCAACAAUUCAGAACUUCACCCAAUUCGUGAUAACGACAUAUUCAUCCAGGAAACUCAACCGAAAAUCGAGCCUCAAAUGCUAACCGACGUCAAAAACUAUACAAUCGGAACCGCCAAAAAUAAAACUAGAAAAAUAACAGUAAACGUCAAUUCGAACAACUCCUGGAACAACAUGGAUAAAAGCAUGCUUUUCAUUGGAGAAAGAGCCUUGAAGAAGAAGGUUGAAGACAUAAAGAACGCCUCAACAAGCGACGAAGAUGAAGAAGAUGUGAAUGGUGAUGAAGAUGGUCUUUUUCAGACAGAGAAACCGUUUGAAAUCUUAAGACCUGGAAACGUAGAUAUUGUUACAAGAUUCCUGAGGAUCGUCGAGUCCCAGCAUCUCCUGGGAGAGAACUGCACAGCUGGUACUGAUUUGAAUCUUGGUGAAGGUGUUGUGGAUCGCUAUGCCCAAGAAAGAUUCAGGGUUGAAGCUGAUGUUGCAGUUAAUAGGGCCAAUAUGCUCACCAGACUUUGGAAAUAUGCGGGCAGAGAAGUGCUUAAAUCUGAGUAUUUGUUACACGCCUCAGUUUUCAGCAUGGUGGAGUUCGACGAUGAUAUUUUUGCUGCUGGCAAUUGUUACGAUCAACAUCAGUAUCAAGACUAUCUUUUAUUUUGUCCUUACGCGUACAGAUUACCUGAAGGCACCAUUCUAGUGAAGGAUUUGGCAGUGGAGUAUAAUUAUCUCAGCAACACGUCAGAAUGGUUUUACAUCGCCAGGAAAAACGCGGAAAAGGUCAUCAAGAACUACAACCAAUUCAGCAGAGGAUACAACACCUACACCUCCAACGGCAGCACUCACAGUGAGAAAGUUCCAGAUGAGAUUCUAUCUGUCCGUUACGAAGAUGGUAAAUGGUCCAAACCCUACUACGAUUGCGGUGGAGGAAACAUAUGGAUGUUGACCUACACAGUCCCUUUCUUCGGAUAUGCCAACAAUACCUACUUUUUUAAGGGAACCAGCGGAAUAGACGUGGAUCUACGGAGAGUCGACAUUGACCAAUGCCCUUUGCCCAAGGGAAGCACCCAGCUCAAUAUAUUCGCAGCAUCGGACAAAUGUAAAAAGAGGACGACAGAGUGCGUUCCCAUCCCCGGUCUAGGGUUCCGCAGAGGAAGCUACAAGUGCGUGUGCAAGCACGGAUUCUAUUUCCCGGACACUACCGCUGAGAAGAGAUACUACAAUGGGACAGUCAUAGAGGAGGAAUACGAAAAGUUGAUGAUAGGAGAAAAGAACAGAUAUGGCAAAUCUGGAAUUUUUGAAUGCCUACGAUGCCCCGAAGGAUGCGAAGCGUGUGAAGAUGACAGGCCUUGCGUUGUAUCCUUGAACUGGCUCCUGAGAUCAGUCAUCCUUGGGCUUUCCUGUGUCAUCAUUUGCUGCCUCCCGGUGGUGGUUAUAUUCACGUGGAAAUAUGGCAACGUCAAAGUUGUAAGAGCCGCCAGUCCGGUGCUACUGCGUGUCAUUACCCUGGGGGCAUUUUUCAUUUAUUGUACGAUAAUAGUUAUGUAUCCUAGGCCCAGUGUCUACACAUGUACUGCCAGGGUCUGGCUGAGAGAAAUUGGAUUUUCACUAACAUAUGGUGCACUAAUGUUAAAAACAUGGAGAAUUUCUGUUAUUUUCCGGGUGAGAUCGGCGAAAGCUGUCAAAAUCACUGACAUGAACCUCCUCAAACGCCUCGGCGUAAUAGUGGCCGUCUUCACGGUCUUCCUCGUUAUCAGAACUCUUGUAGCUCCACCUAUUGUCAUCGUUGGAAGGACAGCCGAUGACUUGAAAGCGUACCUGUGCAGGACGGACUGGUGGGACCACUCUUUCUCCACUAUGGAAGUCAUAUUCUUGGUGUGGGGUAUAAGAUUGUGUAUAGUAGUGAGAAAAGCCCCAUCCGAAUUCAACGAGAGCAAGUUCAUUUCUAUGGCUAUCUACAACGAGUUCUUGCUUUCUGUGUUUCUGAAUAUAUCAAUGUUGUUCCUGCAGAAGCCCGCGAAUCCAGAUCUUCUCUACAUAAUUUUUUUUUGUCACACUCAGCUCACAGUCACACUGUUACUAUGCCUGAUUUUCGGCAGUAAGGCCUACAUGGUGUUCAAACAUCAAGAGCCCAACGACGACGGUUCUGGUAUGAUGUCGAAAUCAACUACCUCCAAGUUCUUGACCAAACCGCGUUCUGCAAAUUCCCAAUAUACCAGCACGAAUUCAUCUAUGGGUGUGGCGGAGUACAUAGGAUGCUCCGAACAGGACGUUCAAGAGGAAUUCCUCAGGUUUUAUACGCAACUCGAAUUGCUCCGAGAGAAGAAUAUGAGAAUAGGUAAUCGACACCUUGCCUCGAAGAUAACUGCGAUGCAAGACGCCGCCAAAACCUACGAUAACGCCCCAACAACCGAUGCAACAACCUGUAGAAUUGCUCAACUGAACAACGCUCUUGCCCUGGCGCCUAUCGAUGAAAAUUCAGCCAAAUCCAAGAGAAUAAGCGUAUCUUUCGCUUCUGAACCGGAAGCGAACGGCGGCGCGUCUGUAGCAACUAAAGAAGGCUGUGACGUAGUGACAGAGGGUAGUUCGAGUAAAAACAUCGAACAUACCCCAAUCAUAGAGCUGACGCAAAAAGAAGAUAAGUCCAGUAGUCCCAACAGUGAUAGGAAUGGAAGAUGCCUCAAAUCUGGACACGCAAAAACCCAUGCGAUCGUCAUCAACUUGGAUGAUAAGAGCAGGUUCACGGAAGAGGUAACUGUGUAAAAAUUAGUUAGAAAACUCAAGAAGCUCGAAGAAAUGCAGUGUGAAUAAAAAGAUCAAAUUUGUUUUUGUUGCCUUUAUUGGAAAAUGUGAUUAUAUUUAAUAUUAAGGUUGUUUAAGAUGGUUUGCUCACGAUAUUUUGAUGUGCUCAACGCCGAAACUUUCCACUAAAUAAGGUCCUGCAAGACAUUGGCCUCCUAAAAUAAUUUCUGGACAAUAAGAAGGGAUAACUUUUUCUUCAUCCCUAUCAAGAAAACUAUUUUAAGUGUGCCAAUCUAAUAAUCUUUUUGAGACUUCUUACUUAGCCCCUGUAAGCAGACUCGAAAAUUAUUGAAUCUUGGAGAGGACCUCAGAAGAUUUGAACAUAUCUUUAAUGAAGCAUUGAACUAUAAGAUAUCAUGUUUUAUACCUGUCUUUCAAUUUGGAGAUAUCGUUAUAAAUAUUACAUUGUAAAAAAUAUGUAAAUAAUAUUAAUGUAAACUAUAAAGAAUUGCGACACAUGCAGUUGUUGCUGCUAUUGAUACCUGAUGUAAUGAUGUUGAUUCAAAUAAAUAUGAAUUGAACUUUCA